CUGCCACGUCUUCUUGACCGGGUCGAAGCGCUUGACGCUGUUGAAAUAGUCGACGCUGUCGAAGCCGCCGAUGAUGUAGACGAAGCCGUUCAGGUAGGCGGCUCCGUGAUAUGCCCGGGGGCUCUCCUCCUCACACGUUACAUUGACCCAGCGGUCCGCCCGGGCGUCGUAAGCCUCGAUAGCGUUGGUGGGACUGCCCCCACUCCAGCCGCCGAUGGCGAACAGGAUGGAGUACGGCAGCCGGGGUCUGGUCAGCGGGUUUCGGAAAUCCGAGUUGGACGGUCCGUUCAUGUUUAGGUCGUACAUGGCCUUCAGCGCGUUAAUGAUGAUGGGCUUACAGUCAUCGUUAUCCUUCACAUAAUCGUUGUUCUUCACGUUAUUCAUGAAAUACUCGGCGUUCAUCAGAGCCAGCCUGACCUGCCAGGGAGGGACGGCUGGUCAGAAACGAUCAGAACCGCCGCCGUUCACCCAAAUCAACCCACCGCGCCCUGGACGGCGCCACAUAAAUGCACGCUAACAGACAUUGCUGGGCAGACUUCAGCGGUUUCUGCUUUGUUUUCGGCCUGGCAGCGUCCGCCGGAGGAGAAACGCGGUUAACGUUUCGGGGAAGUGCAAAGGAGAUGUGAGGGAUACCAGAAUUAGGAAAAAGCACUGUCCGUAUCCAGGAACCAGCUCGUGUGGAAAAAAUUAUCUCUGCCCUCUGUGGUGGGGGAGCCUCCAAGCUUCAGAUUAUUACAGAUUUUGAUAUGACUUUAACUCGAUUUGCUAAAAACAGCAAGAAAAGGACAACUUGUUACAGUGUUAUUAAUGAGAGCACUUUAAUUAGCGAUGAAUGCAAGCUCAAGCUGAGGGACCUUCUCAACUUUUACUAUCCCAUUGAGAUCGACCCCUCACGCAGCACUGAAGAGAAGCUUCCCCUGAUGAUUGAGUGGUGGACAAAAGUACACGAGCUCCUUGUUGAGGAGAAGAUUGAAAAGAGCAAACUGGCCAAAACCGUGAGGGAAUCAGACAUUGAACUGAGGGAUGGAUUCAGGGUUUUCUUUGAUGAACUUCACAAACACAACAUUCCUGUCUUGAUAUUUUCGGCUGGUGUAGGUGAUGUUCUGGAGGAAAUCAUUCGGCAGUUCGAUGUCUAUCACCGAAACAUCACGGUGGUGUCAAACUUCAUGGACUUUGAUGAGAGUGGGGUUCUGAAAGGAUUUAAAGGUGAAAUAAUCCAUGUUUACAACAAGCGCGAGGGGGCCUUGCACAACUCCAAGCACUUUGAACAGCUGGAAGGACACAGCAAUAUCAUUCUCCUGGGAGACUCACUGGGGGAUCUCAACAUGGCCGACGGUGUCCAAAAACAGGAGAGCAUCCUGAAAAUUGGAUUCCUGAAUGACAAGGUUGAUCAGCUCCUGAACAAAUACCUGGCCUUGUAUGACAUUGUUCUCGUGAAUGAUGAAACGUUGGAUGUAGUGAAUGGAAUCUUGAAAUACAUUCUCAAUCCCGAACAUUUGUAAGAUUCCCUUAGGGCAGUUAGUCUGCAAUUGUCAGAAUCAUCCGUAUGCCCCAACUCUGGACCAGGUUUCAAGGCUAGCUGCAAGUUUGUUUAAUGUAGUCUGUGAUGCACAGAGGAAGUAGGAACUGUGCAACUGGACCCACUCUGUUCAUAGUAUUUUAAAAAUUAUGUGGGGACACUGCAGCCGUUUGUGUCACAAAGUCAAAAGGAGGCAAUGGCCCAGUGUUAUUAUCAGUAUACUGUUAAUCCAGAGACCCAGGUAAUGUCCUGGGAACCUGGGUUGGAAUCCUGCCACAGCAGAUGGUGGAAAUUGAUUUCAAUUUUGAAAAAAAUCAAGAAUAAAGAGUUUGAUGAUGAUCGUAAAUCUAUUGCUGAUUGUUGUAAAAACCCAUCUGGUUCACUAAUGCCCUUUAGGAAAGGAAAUUGCCAUCCUUACCUGGUCUGGCCUACAUGUGACUCCAGACCACAGCAAUGGGGUUGACUCACUGCUGUCUGGGAAAUUAGGGAUGGGCAAUAAAUGCUGGUCUAGCUGGUGUCACCCACAUCAAAUGAACGAAUAAAAAUAAUUCACCUAAAGAGAGUCUGUUUUAUUUAGUAUUCUGUUCCUUUGUAGAUAAAUUGUGUUCUUAAAACAUUCACUUGCAUGAUUGAAGAAAUCUUAACUUGCUACCUCCCCUACACCUCUGUCACAGUCAAACAUUUACCAAUUCAGAUUUUAAAUAAAAAUUCCAUUUUUAAAAAA